AUGGCAGACAGCAUCCCUCUGAAUCCUGUACGGAAGAAUUCAAGAAAAACUGCGUAUUAUAAUGCUGGUAGACCUGCCAGUUCAGUUCUUUACCAGCAGUUUAAGUUCUUCCUCAACUUGUAUUUUUUGGUAGUGGCUUGUUCUCAGUUUGUUCCAUCACUAAAGAUAGGAUAUUUGUACACUUACUGGGCCCCGCUGGGCUUUGUGUUGGCUGUCACUAUGGUGAGAGAGGCAGUUGACGAAGUUCGGCGCUGCAGGAGAGAUAAAGAGAUGAAUUCCCAGCUGUACAGUAAACUCACAGUGAGAGGGAAGGUCCAAGUAAAGAGCUCAGACAUACAGGUUGGAGAUUUAAUCAUUGUGGAAAAGAAUCAGAGAAUUCCUGCUGAUAUGAUUUUGCUGAGAACCUCAGAGAAGACUGGUUCGUGUUUUAUUAGAACAGAUCAGCUAGAUGGAGAGACAGACUGGAAGCUGCGAAUCGCUGUUGCUUGCACUCAAAGACUACCUGCCUUAGGGGAUCUCUUCUCUAUCAGCGCGUACGUUUACGCCCAGAAGCCUGAACUGGACAUUCACAGUUUUGAGGGGAACUUCACAUGGGAGGACUGUGACCCUCCCAUCCACGAGAGCUUGAGUAUUGAGAACACCCUGUGGGCCAGCACUGUGGUGGCAUCUGGUACUGUCAUAGGUGUGGUCAUAUAUACGGGAAAAGAAAUGAGAAGCGUGCUGAACACGUCACAGUCCAAAAACAAGGUGGGGCUGUUGGACCUGGAGUUAAACCGCCUAACAAAAGCUCUGUUCCUGGCUCAGGUGGUUCUGUCUGUUGUUAUGGUGGCUUUGCAGGGAUUUCUUGGGCCCUGGUUCCGAAACCUGUUCCGUUUCGUGGUUUUAUUUUCAUACAUCAUCCCCAUCAGUCUAAGAGUAAACCUGGACAUGGGGAAGUCAGCGUACGGCUGGAUGAUUAUGAGGGAUGAGAAUAUUCCAGGUACUGUGGUUCGGACAAGCACCAUCCCAGAAGAACUUGGUCGUUUGGUCUACCUGCUUACAGACAAAACAGGCACUCUGACCCAGAAUGAGAUGGUCUUCAAGCGCCUCCAUCUCGGUACUGUGUCAUAUGGAACAGACACUAUGGAUGAGAUCCAGAGUCACAUCAUCCAGUCUUAUGCUCAGGUGAGCUCGGCGCAGUCUAAUGGCAAUAGUGCGAGUUCAACACCCUCUCGUAAACCACAGCCACCUGCACCAAAGGUCCGCAAGAGCGUGAGUAGCCGGAUCCAUGAGGCCGUGAAAGCCAUCGCCCUCUGCCACAAUGUUACACCGGUGUACGAAUCCCGUGUUAAUGGUGUCAGCACGGAGCCAGAGAGUACAGAGGCUGACCAGGACUUCAGUGACGACAACCGCACUUACCAGGCCUCCAGUCCUGAUGAGGUGGCUCUGGUGCGCUGGACUGAGAGUGUGGGUUUGACUCUGGUGAACAGAGACCUGACGUCCCUCCAGUUGAAGACCCCAGCCGGACACAUCUUGACCUAUUACAUCCUCCAGAUCUUCCCCUUCACCUCUGAGAGCAAGCGCAUGGGCAUUAUUGUCAGGGAGGAGGCUACGGGCGACAUCACAUUUUACAUGAAAGGGGCUGAUGUUGCUAUGGCGAGCAUUGUACAGUACAAUGAUUGGCUGGAGGAGGAGUGCGGGAACAUGGCCAGAGAGGGCCUGCGGACACUGGUGGUGGCUAAGAAAUCACUGACUGAAGAGCAAUACCAGGACUUUGAGAGUCGUUAUAAUCAGGCGAAGUUGAGUAUCCACGAUCGCGCUCUGAAGGUGGCGGCAGUGGUGGAGAGUCUGGAGAGAGAGAUGGAGCUUCUGUGUCUCACUGGAGUGGAAGAUCAGCUGCAGGCUGAUGUCCGGCCCACACUGGAGCUCCUCCGCAAUGCUGGGAUCAAGAUCUGGAUGUUGACCGGAGACAAGCUGGAAACUGCUACAUGUAUCGCCAAAAGUUCCCACUUAGUUUCUAGAAAUCAAAACAUCCACGUUUUCAGACCGGUGUCCAACAGGGGCGAGGCUCAUCUGGAGCUGAACUCUUUCAGAAGGAAACACGACUGUGCGCUGGUCAUAUCAGGGGACUCUCUGGAGGUCUGUCUGCGCUACUAUGAGCAUGAAUUUGUGGAGCUGGCGUGUCAGUGCCCCGCUGUGGUUUGCUGUCGCUGCUCUCCCACGCAGAAAGCUCAGAUCGUUCGAUUGUUACAGCAACAUACAGACAACAGAACAUGUGCCAUAGGCGAUGGAGGAAAUGAUGUCAGCAUGAUCCAAGCAGCAGACUGUGGUAUCGGUAUUGAAGGGAAGGAGGGAAAGCAGGCGUCUCUGGCAGCAGAUUUCUCCAUAACCCAGUUCAAGCACAUAGGCAGACUGCUGAUGGUACAUGGCCGCAACAGCUACAAACGCUCAGCAGCUCUGGGCCAGUUUGUCAUGCACCGUGGGAUGAUCAUCUCCACCAUGCAGGCUGUGUUUUCCUCUAUUUUCUACUUCGCAUCUGUUCCACUGUACCAAGGUUUCCUCAUGGUGGGUUACGCCACCAUCUACACCAUGUUCCCUGUCUUUUCUCUGGUGUUGGACCAGGAUGUGAAGCCUGAGAUGGCUCUGCUGUAUCCUGAACUCUAUAAAGACCUCACCAAGGGUCGCUCCCUGUCCUUUAAGACCUUCCUGAUUUGGGUUUUGAUAAGUGUAUAUCAAGGGGGCAUCCUGAUGUACGGGGCCCUGGUGCUGUUCGAUCAGGAGUUUGUGCAUGUGGUGGCGAUCUCCUUCACUGCUCUGAUCCUGACGGAGCUGCUGAUGGUGGCACUGAUGGUCCGCACCUGGCACUGGCUCAUGGUCGUAGCCGAACUUAUCAGUCUUGGCUGCUACCUCGCUUCCCUCGCCUUCCUGAACGAAUACUUCGGCAUAGGUCGCGUGACCUUAGGAGCUUUCCUGGAUCUUUCGUUUAUCAUGACACGGGUGUUCUUGUGGAAGGUGUGUGUCAUCACACUGGUCAGCUGUUUGCCGCUCUACAUCAUCAAAUAUCUGAAGCGGAAAUUCUCCCCACCAAGUUAUUCCAAACUCUCCUCCUGAACUUUCCAUAUGGUCACAUGGUGUCAAAAGGCGUGCCUGACACAUUAAUAAGCACACGUGACUGCUACAUCAAACACUUUGAAACUCAUCUGUUCCUUUUUUUUAAAUGCUGGAUGUUAGUUCACCAAAAAAUUAACAAGCUAACAUCAUUUACCCACCCUCAUGUUGUUCUAAACCUUUAUGGAAACACAAAAAGAGAAGUUUCUGCUCCUUUCCAUACAACGGUGACCAUAGGGCUGUCA